AUGGGGUCAGCUACCCUUCCCUUGAUGACCUGCCACGCCCAAGGCGUGAGCGUAUUUGUUAGUGAAGAAAGCACAUUCUCGUACGUAGACCCUCGCCAGAAGCUCCGCACAGUGGACUACGUGGCCGACAAGGACGGCUUCCACCCGCUCCUGAGCGACCCGCUGCCCGACCACCCUACGGAUUCCGAGGCCGUCGCGCGCGCCAAGGACAAGCACUACCAGCUGUAUGCGCAGAUCGCACAACAGCACUACGAGCAUCCUCACCCUGAUGAACCUUCCUUCAGUCAUUGGAUGCUCUGCGACCAAUUCCCGCUGUCCGACCACCCGACCGACUCCGAGGCCGUCGCGCGCGCUAAGGACAAGCACUACCAGCUGUAUGCGCAGAUCGCACAACAGCACUACGAGCAUCCUCACCCUGAUGAAUCUCCUUCUCCUACUAUGAGGUCUCAUCGAUCUAUGAGGCAUCUGUGUGUAACACCCAAAGUGACCACACCUCUAUUAGCAUCAGCAGCACUACAAGCAUCCGCACCCUGA